AUGGUAAAUGGCAAGAAAGGGGCGGCAAGAUCCGACUUGAAACUUGAAAGCGAGUUUGAAUGGGCUAUCAGAAUUCCAGAAAGGGCUGUUAGGGCAAGGGCUUCAGUUAAAUUAGCUUUCCCCAGCCUCGUUCGGCUAAGCCGGAAAGAGUUAUCUCACUGGCUGAACGAAAUAAGGAGCAAAAGCCGGAUCUUCGAACUUAAGAGCAGAGAAAACCUACUUCCUUCAGUACGGGAAAGAGUUGCUCUUUCUGCUUUAGGUGCAGCCAGUAAGGGCCUUAGCAAUAAGAUUAGGAAUGGGCCUAAGCGCAGGAAGGGAGCAGGGAGAAGCAGCGGGGAGAAAGAAAUCGUCUUGAGGUAG